GCCGCGGCGCCGCGCCUAUGGGGAAGGCGGCCGCGCUCUGCGGCGGCGGCACCCGCGGGCUGGUUUCCCUGCUCGGCGCCGUCCCCUGCUUGGCCUGCCAGGAGUUGCCGGCCAUGAGCGCCGAGCCGGGGGGCCGGGGCGGCGGGGGACCGGCGGGGGGGCCGCCCGCCGCCCCGGGUUCCGAUACCUACAAGGGCUGGCUGUUCAAAUGGACCAACUACCUGAAGGGUUACCAGCGCCGCUGGUUCGUGCUCAGCAACGGGCUCCUCAGCUACUACAGGUCUUCUGCAGCUGUCAGGAGUGAUGGCUCUUCUUGGAAACGUGUGAGAAAUAUAGCAGUCCCAGUUUGGAAGAUGGGGACACAGGCAGAAAUGGCCCACACGUGUCGUGGGACCAUCAACCUGUCCACGGCUCACAUCGAUACAGAGGACUCUUGUAACAUUGUGCUGUCCAACGGGGGAAGGACGUACCACCUAAAGGCCAACUCAGAAGUGGAGAGGCAGCGUUGGGUCACGGCCCUGGAGCUGGCCAAAGCCAAAGCCAUCCGCAUGAGGAACAACCAGUCAGAUGACUCUGGCGACGAGGAGCCCGCCUCGCAGGCAGACAAGAGCGAGCUGCACGGCACGCUGAAAACCCUCUCGAGUAAGCUGGAGGAUCUGAGCACUUGCAAUGAGCUGAUUGCCAAGCACGGGGCGGCCCUGCAGCGCUCGCUCAGCGAGCUGGAGAACCUGAAGCUGCCGGCAGAGAGCGGAGAGAAGAUCAAGGCGGUGAACGAACGAGCCACGCUGUUCCGCAUCACCUCCAAUGCUAUGAUCAAUGCCUGCCGCGAUUUCCUGGACUUGGCCGAGACGCACAGCCGGAGAUGGCAGCGGGCGCUGCAGCAUGAGCGGGAGCAGCGCAGCCGCCUGGAGGAGACCAUCGAGCAGUUAGCCAAGCAGCACAACAGCUUGGAGCGGGCCUGCCGCGGCGCGCCCGGCCUGGCCUCCGCCGGCACCGCCAGCACCGGCACCGCCAAGGGGAGUGUGCAGUCUGCAAAAGGAGAGGCCAGUGAUGAAGAUGAAGAGACAGAGUAUUUUGACGCCAUGGAGGAUGCACCAGCUUUUAUCACUGUAACUGCAGACCCCAAGCACCACAGGCGUUCGGGCAGUAACCUGAGCGGGGCCAGUGAGGGCCACCCCGAGGACUGGAACCUGGAGGACAGUGUGUUUGAAAGCUCCAAUCAGAGCAGCUGCAAUGAAUCCACUUGCAAAGAUCUCUUGCCGAAGAAAAGGAGACGGACUUGCAUCCCUGACAAGCCCAACUACAGCCUUAACCUCUGGAGCAUCAUGAAGAACUGCAUUGGCAAAGAGCUGUCCAAGAUCCCCAUGCCCGUGAACUUCAACGAGCCGCUGUCCAUGCUGCAGAGGCUCACAGAGGACCUGGAGUACCACGAGCUGCUGGACAAAGCGGUCAAGUGCGAGAGCUCCACGGAGCAGAUGUGCUUCGUCGCUGCCUUCUCCGUGUCUUCCUACUCCACCACUGUCCACCGCACUGCCAAGCCCUUCAACCCUCUGCUGGGGGAGACCUACGAGCUGGACAGGCUGGAGGAGUUUGGCUUCCGUUCCCUGUGUGAGCAGGUGAGCCACCACCCCCCAGCAGCCGCCCAUCACGUCUACUCCAAGCGAGGCUGGACGCUGUGGCAGGAAAUCACCAUUGCCAGCAAGUUCAGGGGCAAAUACCUCUCCAUCAUGCCACUGGGUGCCAUCCACCUUGAGUUUCACUCCAGUGGGAACCACUAUGUCUGGAGGAAAGUCACCUCCACCGUUCACAACAUCAUCGUGGGCAAGCUCUGGAUCGACCAGUCUGGUGAAAUAGAGAUUGUUAACCAUAAGUCAAAAGAUAAAUGCCAGCUGAAAUUUACCCCCUACAGCUACUUCUCCAGGGAUGUCCCUCGAAAGGUGACAGGGGUGGUGAGCGACGCUGAUGGCAAAGCCCACUACGUCAUGUCUGGCACAUGGGAUGAGAAGAUGGAGUGUUCCAAGAUAGUGCAGAGCAGCCAUGGCAGCACCAGCACGGAGGGCAAGCAGAAAACUGUCUACCAGACGCUGUCUCCAAAGGUCCUGUGGAGGAAGUACCCCCUGCCGGAGAACGCCGAGAACAUGUACUUCUUCUCUGAGCUGGCCCUGACGCUGAACGAGCCCGAGGAGCGCGUGGCCCCCACGGACAGCCGCCUGCGGCCCGACCAGCGGCUCAUGGAGAGCGGCCGCUGGGACGAGGCCAACGUGGAGAAGCAGCGCGUGGAGGAGAAGCAGCGCGCCGUGCGCCGGCGGAGAGAGGCCGAGGCUGUGGAGGCCCUGGAGGAAGGGAAGGACUACGAGGGGUACAUCCCGCUGUGGUUCGAGCGCAAGGUGGAUGCCGUGACGGGGGAGCUGAUGUGUGUCUACAAGGGCGGCUACUGGGAGGCCAAGGACAAGCAGGACUGGAGCAUGUGCCCUGACAUCUUCUGAGCCCCUCCACGUGCCAGACUGGCCGCCCCCACGGCUGCCUGGGCCCGGCAGGGGCCGCUGAGGACAUGUGGGGCCGUUGCUGUGCAGACACAGCGUGAGCUCACACGGAGCAUUGCAGAGCAAAAUCGACACAGGGAUCCCAAACCUAUUUUUUUACUCACAGCUGAAGAGCAUCCUUUAGGGUUUUGUUGUUUUUAAGGAAGGCUCUUUGAGCCACUCCGUGGGAGCGAGGACACGUGGACCUGGCUCAUUUGGAGCCCAGCACAUUUACUGCUGUCAGGAGCUGCUGCCUCUAUCUUCCAGUGCCUCGGCUCUGAUGGGCUGAGACGUCACUUCCAAAGAUGCCCGUGGUGUGGGGGUGCUGUGCAUUUGUCUGAGCUCUUCACUUUAUUUUGUGGGGGGGUUUUUUCCCCUGUUUUUGUGUGUGGAUUUGAUGGAUUUUUGUUUCUCUCUUGUUAAAAACCCAAACAAUGUGCUCCUGGGGCAGGUUCCUUCAGAGCUGUCCAUCAGCAGCCCUGCACCCUGCUCACACAGCCGCCUCCCAGCACCAUGGCACUUGAUCCCGGUGGCUCUCACCAUGCCCAGUCAUCCCAGUAACACCAGUUAGGAGAUUUCAGCUGGUGACUUGAUUUGUUUGGGUGGGGUUUUUUUUUCCACUUCCUUUAAUUCUGUUUUGAAGCAAUGUUUGAGCAGAUUCCCCACAGCUUAAUCAAAGGCUUAGGACUGUCUGGAACAUGAUGCUUUGUCAAAGUGAUUGGAGUGAGGUAUGGUUUGGUUUUCCUGCAGUUACACCCGAGGGGGAAGCGGCCUCACUGAGGUCAGGAACGCCUGGCAGACACAGAGGGAAGGGAUUUACAGGGCACAGAUGCUCUGGGGUCCAUGCACUGGCUCCCUCCCACUCUGGAUCACUGCAGCCCAGGGUCUGGCACGAGCCUGGACCUCAGUGCCAGGUCUGCAGGCAGCAUCUCCUCAUCUGGCAGCAGUGGGAGAGGAGGGAGGAGGUGCCACGUGCCACUGGGAUGGAGGCUGGGAUGCAGCCUGGCCCCUGGCUCUCCCAUCCCUCUGUCUUCCCCAUGAAGUUGGUGGCAGUCCCCUGGCACGGGGAGUGUCACAGGCUGAGCCAGGAGGUCACCUGCAGCCCAGUGUCCAGCUCUCUUCCUCCUUCUUUAUGGUCUCUCCAGCAGCAGUUUCAGCUCAUCACUGAGCAGCCUGAGGAUGGGCUCACCCCUCCUGUGUGCCAUCGCCUCCCCACGGCCCUGGCUCCAGCGGGACGAGCCGAGUGAGCCACAGCCACACAGGCAGCUGCUGCCACGAGGAAGAUGAUGGAGGAGGGAGGCAGGACCCCCAAGAUGAGAUUCUCUGGGCCACAGAGUAUCAGGGAGACUGGACACCUGCAUUUGCCCCGUGAGAUGUCAGCUGUGAUGUCACCUCCCCCGGGGCUGCGUCCCGCCACGCUGUCACCUCCACACUGGCACGUAAUUAGCAAUAACGACCUUGGAGGCGAUGGGGACUGGAGCAGCCAGGCUGCACGUGGGACACUGGGGCUGGCAGGUUCCUCAGCCAUCACUCUCCUCCUGGUCAGCCUCUGUCCAGCACCCCCACACCCUUUCUUUCCACCAACCCCCUUCCCCCGUGUGCGGUGGCCACGGGCCGUGUGGGCGGUGAGCGGCUCCUGGGGUGGCAACAGCCACGGACAUCAGUGUACACUUCCAUCUUAUUUAUUUGCUUCUAAUUUAUACACAUAUAUAAAUAUAUAUAAAAUAUAUAUAUAAAGAGUAUUUUGCUUAAAUUUCUGUGGUACACAGUAGAUGAGAAAUGAUGAAGACAGAGGCUCUGUCGGAGUUUUCGUAGCACGAGUACGGCUCCCCUGGGCUCGUGGGGACGAUGGGGACACGCUGCUUCCCAAAAGGGAGAAGCAACAUGUUGCUCCAAAGCUGUUACAGAGACCUUCCCUUCCAGAAACAAUGUGUUUGGGGGUUGAGGAACAGCCUUGGGCUCCAAGCCACCUCCCGCCUCUCUGGGUGCCACGGCAGCCAGUCUGGCGUGUUUGCUCCUUCCAGGCCUUUCCCAGAGGUUUGCCCCUGGAUCCCUGAAGCCACUGCAGCUCUCCAGUGAUCCAAAGAGCCGUGGGAGCUGCUGCACGGAGCCUGGGAGAGCUGCUGUGGGGUGUCUGAGCCCUGGGGAGAGUGGAGGGUGCUCCACACUACACCUUGGUUUGUGGCAGCAACCAAAGUUCCCCAGGGGGGGAAUUUAUUCCACUCGAGGCCUCAGGUGGUUUUGUGAGAUGGGCUAGAAAUGGAGCUCUUCCAAAUGCCUUAUUUUCCUCGUUCUCUUUGUCAAUGCAAACGUUUCUGGAGAAGCUGGUGUGGGGAGAACAGCUCGAGCUGUUCCUGCAGCCCAGGAGAGCAGCGAGACAAGUGUUGCUCAGAAAGUGCUGUCACCGUGCGUCCUGCUGGGCUCUGCGACCCCGAGAAGUCCUCUCUGAUGUCCCUCCCCACUGUUGUGUCUGCCUGGAAAUCACCAUCACAGCCUCUGCACAGCUGAGCAGAGCUUGGGGCGAGGAGCACCCCCAAAACCAGAAAUCCCCUGGGGUUUAGGCUCCAUCUUCCAGAGAUCAUCUAGCAGCAGCACUUAGAGCACCAUCUCCUGCUCUUUCUGUUUCUUCCCCCCCCCAAAAGGUUUUAAUGUCAUUCCACUGUAAAUGCUGUUGAAUGUAUUUGUUUUUUGAAACAAUUCUGUUGUGAGUGAACCCUCUUCUCCUACACAGUAAUAAAACUUGGAUUUGGGAGUUU